UUCGCAGUCGAGGCAAGCGGCUGAUUCUCUUAUCACUCGCCACAUUUCUUCGAAUUGGAGACUGAAUGCUAUUGGCCUUGACUCGACAACCAACUCCCAAGCUCGUAUCCCCACCAUUCACGACAAAGCCCACAAUGCCGCCGCCGUUGCCACGAUUGAAAUCCAUGUCACUUGUUACCAGCUUAUUGGUGUCCCAGAUCAAGCUGAAAAAGAUGAGAUUGUCAAAUCAGUAAUGGAAUUAAGAAAUGUUGAAAUUGAAGAAGGUUACUCCAUUGAUGCUAUUUCAUCUCGCCAGGAUCUUUUAAUGGAUGUGAGAGAUAAACUUCUAUUUGAACCACAUUAUGCUGGUAAUAUGAAGGAAAACAUCCCACCUAAGUCCUCCAUUCGAAUACCUUGGGCUUGGUUGCCAGGUGCACUUUGUCUUCUUCAAGAGGUCGGAGAAGCAAAAAGGGUGCUUGACAUUGGACAGACAGUUAUUCAAUGUCCAAUGGCUAAGCCUCAUAUGCAUGACAUACUUCUUUCUAUGGUAUUAGCGGAGUGUGCAAUUGCAAAAAUCGGGUUUGAGAAGAACAUGGUGUCUCAAGGAUUUGAAGCUCUUGCACGUGCUCAAUAUCUACUAAGGAGUCAAACAUCUCUUGCGAAAUUAAGAUUGUUAUCUCAGAUUGAAGAAUCUUUGGAGGAACUUGCACCUGCUUGCACAUUGGAGUUGUUGGGUAUGCCUAGCUUACCCACGAAUACCGAACGGAGAGCAGGAGCAAUUGCAGCAUUACGUGAAUUGCUGAGACAAGGUCUUGAUGUGGAAACAUCAUGCCAGGUUCAGGAUUGGCCAUGCUUCUUAAGCCAAGCUCUUGGUAGGCUAAUGGCGGCAGAAAUAGUAGAUCUUCUUCCAUGGGAUGAAUUAGCUCUUAUUAGAAAGAAUAAAAAAUCAAUCGAGUCACAGAAUCAAAGGGUUGUGAUUGAUUUUGAUUGCUUCUUAAUGGCUUUUAAAGCUCAUCUUGCCCUUGGGUUUUCAACUAGGCAGACAGAGUUGAUUGAAAAGGCAAAAACUAUAUGUGAAUGUCUGAUGUCAUCAGAGGGUGUCGAUUUGAAACUUGAGGAGGCUUUUUCCAUUUUUCUUCUUGGUCAGUGCAGUGAUUCUGAGGUUUUUGAAAAGCUUCAACAGUCGACUUUGAAUUCUAAACCAGCUAUGCCUACCCGAUUGUCAAAUCUAGGAAUGGAGAAAAAGAAUGCAGAGAACACAUACCAAUCGUUGGAAAUAUGGUUGAAGGAUACUGUACUUGAUGUCUUUAAAGAUACGCGGGAUUGCUCCCUGACGCUGGUUAGUUUUCUCCAUGGCAAGAAGAAAAUGGAUGCAAAGAAGAAAAUUAACCAUUCUCAGCAGACUAUCACAAAUAACAGGCCCAUAUCCUCUUCUUUUGUAUCAGAGUGGAGGGAUGUUGAGAACUCCUUUCCUAAUUUGAGUUCUUCCCAAAAUCUUGGGAACAUUAUUAGACAGUUAACGCCUACUAACUUGCCGAGUCAAUUAGGAACGGAAAAAGAAAAGACUGAUGCCAACUCAUCAUCAGUUCAAUUGAAAAGGAACCUUCGCCUAAACAAAUGGAAAAUUUCAGAAUUUUGGUUGGCCAGGGACAGUCUUGUCUGUAACAUGAAAGUUCUUGUCGUAGUUGGAUGUAUUAGCUUUGCUUCGUUCAAGCUAAUGAGUACGAUGAUAAAGAGGAAACUCGUUCCUCCAUGGACCCCACAUAUAGCAAGCCUGAAUGCAAGCUCUCUUUUCAGCGAUGAGGGUCUGUCCACAGAUAAUGUUAUAGGAGCUCCAAAUAGGAAGAGCCGUUCAAAUCUUAGUAGUAGUCUUAAAAGGCUUUUGUCGAAUAUAAUGAGGAAGGGCAGGAACUUAUCAGGCACAAGUGAUACGCCACUGUUAUCUGCAAUUUCAGCUCUGCAUCAGAAGCCGAUGUCGGUUGAAGAAGCCGAAGCCCUUGUGAAGCAAUGGCAAAUGAUUAAAGCUGAAGCUUUGGGACCUAACUAUCAAAUUUAUAGACUUGCGGAAAUUCUUGAUGGAGCAAUGCUUUUCCAGGUAAAGUUCAUUUAUGUUCAAGCUGUUUCAUCACAAUCUAGGGUCAAUAUUUCUUGUAUAUGAGAAUUUGGGACGUUUUCAUAUGAUAAGAACAGGAAACCGAGAAUCUUUUUAGAUGUACCUGUUUUUGAAAUAAAUUGAAACAAAUACCAAGAAACAUGAAAUGGAAAAUUAUUAGACACCUUUAUCUUCUCACCCAUUUUUGUAAUGCAUAUUUCUCUCUCUCGCGACUUCCAGCCACCUUUCCUUCAACAACUGCCAAUGGUGAGAUUCUUAGUCAAUACCAAUCUAAUGAAGUCUUGAAAAACAUUCUUUCGGGGCCUAACUACCAACCAUGCCGAAACUAAAUGCAUCUUCCAUCUCUUUGUUUGAACCUAGUCAAAGCCUUCACUUCACCAACUACUUUUCCUUCCAGUUCCAA